GCCUAGUUAUUGCUUAUAUUAAGCUGCCAACUCCAACACUCUGAACUCCCCAUUUCCUCUCAUUUCUCCUGAGCAGUUUGGGUAGUUGAGAGAAAAAAGCACAAAAAAAGUGCUUGUGGAAAAAAGCAUAGAAAAUUUGAAAGAUGAUUAAGUUGAGGUCAAACAGGUUUUGCAGAAGCUUUAGCAGUUGCAAGCUCAUCAGCAGCAGCAGUAGUAAAAGCAAGAGUAAAGCUGCUGAUCAAAAGGAGUUUGGAGGAGGGAAUAUUAAUAACAAUGGUGAAAUCAAAUGGGAGCGUCGGCCGGGAGGCAUGCUUGUUCAGACAAGGGAGACAGCGGCCGAAAGCAGUGCCGGAGAAGGCAUGAUCACGGUUCGAGUGUCAACUGUGUCUCAUUUCCAUGACAUCUCCAUUGAAGCCACUUCCACAUUUGGCGAAUUAAAGAUGAUACUGUCGCUGGUGACUGGUAUGGAGGCAAGAGAGCAAAGGCUUCUUUACAAAGGAAAACAAAGAGAGGAUGGUGAAUAUUUACACAUGGUUGGAGUUAGAGACAAGGAGAAAGUGCUUCUGCUUCAAGAUCCAGCUAUCAAGGAAAUGAAGCUUCUUCAUGGAAUUGGAACUCCUUCGACUUGUCGUUCGAUUCGUGUUUGAGAAAUUGAGAAUCAUGAGAUUAUCUUUAGUUAAUCUCUGUUCAUUACUAACCAAAAAAGUGUAAUAUGCCUUCCUCUGAUGGAGAAAAAUGUUUGAUAGGGUUGUCGGAUCAGGGCAGAUGCACACUUAAUUAACGUGACUAAAAUAUAAAGAUGUCUCAUGUUUUUAUAAGAUGUGUCCUAUGAAUGACGUGAUCGAUGAUCAUUCUAAAGUUUUUCUCCGUCUCAUGACUUGGCUAGCUAAAUUAUGUUAUGAGAUAAUAGCUAGGGACUUUAAUUUUAUGUAACAUUUUGUGUCGGUUGGGGCUUUCUGCAACUAAAAAUUGUAAGCCACUGAAAUGCUGAUCCUUGUAAGCUUUGUAAUGACUGAUGGCAUAAACUCUGCUAUGUUUAUAAAAACAGAAAUGUUGAUUCCAUUUUCUUUCUUUUA